GUUUCUUCUUUAUGUACUUGAUUGUGUUUAUAUGCACAUGUCUGUUCAUACUAACCGUCUUGAGUAUCUGUGCUCAAAGGUUAAGUGAAUUGAGAGCAUCAGUUUUAUCGUAUGGAAAACUGAAUCUACAUAAUGACAGUAAACCAACAACUGAUUGGGCAACAUACUUGUCUAGAUUACUUAUUCCAAAGCAUUACUUUAGCCAUUUUUAUGUUGUUGGUUUGUUGACUGCUGUUAUCUCUAUCAUUGAAUUAAUAGCAUGGACAUACUACAAGCGACCCUUAUUCUUAGUGAUGAGCUUACAACACUAUGACAUUCCUAUAGCAAGUCAACAUGUAUCACGUCAACAAUGCGUACUAGGCCUCAUGCUCAUGACAAUUCAUUUAUCAAGACGCGUCUAUGAAUCCUUUUGGAUAGAAAAGCCUUCCAAGACAGCCACCAUGCAUGUAUCUCAUUACUUGGCAGGCAUAGGCUUUUAUGGAGCUAUGGUGCUUGGUACCUGGUUAGAAGGUGCAUCUUCUGCUUUUGAUCUGUGGCAAAUACACCCAGAUCAUGUCAAAAGCCAUACAAUACCAGCCAUCACGGCCAUUCUCUUGUUUACCUAUGCGUCUUAUCACCAAUACCACUGCCAUGUUAUCUUGGCUUCAUUACGCAAGCAUACAGACACCACGUAUACUAUCCCAAGAGGAGAUUGGUUUGAAUAUAUCGUGACACCUCAUUAUUUUGCAGAUAUCCUGAUCUAUCUCUCACUUUGUAUUCUCUAUGGCUUCCAAAACUACAUUAUUCUCUGUGGAUUCGUAUGGACCAUUGUCAAUCUAUCCAUUGUGGCAAGCGAAACAAAUACUUGGUAUCAUACUCAUUUUGGAUCGAAAUACAAUCAAACUUUCCCUGAUGGUCGCUGGAAGAUUAUACCUGGUUGUUAUUAAACA